AUGGCCUACGAAGCGUUAUGGCAUGAGUACAUGCAGAUGCCUGUGGUGACGCGGGCUUAUACCACAGCCUGUGUCAUCACAACUCUCGCCGUGCAAUUGGACUUGGUAUCUCCAUUUCAAUUGUAUUUUAAUCCUAUUCUCAUAAUUGAGCAAUACCAGAUAUGGCGGUUGAUAACAACAUUCCUGUUCUUUGGAAAUAUAGGGUUCAACCUACUUUUCAAUAUGAUCUUCACAUAUCGAUAUUGCCGUAUGUUGGAAGAAGGAUCAUUUCGCAGGAGAACAGCUGAUUUUGUAAUGAUGUUUAUUUUUGGUGGAAUAUGCAUGAUCACCUUUGCAUUCUUUGUCAAUCUGCUGUUCCUAGGACAUGCAUUCACGAUAAUGUUGGUGUAUGUCUGGUCACGACGAAAUCCUUUCGUCAGGAUGAAUUUUUUCGGACUGUUAAACUUCCAAGCUCCGUAUCUACCGUGGGUAUUGCUGGGCUUCUCGGUAUUGCUCGGCAACACGAUAUGGGUUGAUCUAGUUGGAAUGGCGGUAGGGCAUACGUAUUAUUUCGCGGAAGACGUAUUUCCGCGAUUAAGAGGAGGUUUUCGAAUCUUGAAAACUCCGCAAAUACUUAAGACUUUAUUUGACGCACAUCCGGAAGAUCCGGAUUACAUGCCACCGCCGGAAGAUCGGCCAGGUGGCUUCAAUUGGGGACAGGAGGCUAAUGUGCAGUGAUCGAAAUUCCAUAGCUCACUUCCUGAUGUUUCUGACGUCACCCAAGAAGGCAGUUGCAGCAGGCAGCAGCUCUAUUGUUGUUCCUUCAUCUUCGGAAAUUACUGAUAACAAACGCUCGGAUUUGCACCCAAAGACGCGUAAUGAGAUGUGAAGGGUAAUAUAUAAGCUGUACAAAUGAUUGGAUGGUUUCUUUCAAACGAGAAUUUCCCGAAACAAACUCGCGGAGUUGACGCUUUUUCAGCCAAAAUUCAUCACAAAGUCCAAUUCUAAAUUUUAUGCAGAAGUUGAGACCGACGAUAGCUUGCGAUCAGAUAAUUGUUGAGUGAAAGUUGUCUCCAAGAAAAAAAAAUGUAUAGUUAAGAAGUGCGCGAAUUCUUAGGUACUUUGUACGCAGACAAGGAAUGGAGAGAUGUGUAUACUUGACACGCUUUUAACGUAGCGAGUUGAUUAUCGAUUCCAUUCGACUUCAUGUAUAUGUUUUACAUGCAUUCUUAACUGCUCGUUUCUGCGUACAAAAUCUGGAUUUCAUUAAUAACAUUAACAUUUUGGUAAUCGAGUAUCGUGCUUCUAGCAUCACUGCGAGAAGAAGUCAUGAUUUGGACUGACUUAUUCAAAGCAUACAAGGCGCUGCCGAAUUAUAUUAUAUUUCUGUUUCUAAGACUCUCUCUCUCUAAUACAUUUGGUGUGAGUGAAACUGUACAGAUUAAUAUUUAUAACUUGGGUUAUAUAUUACUAAGUUGUUGCGCGUAAGGUGUUCUGUAUAUAACUUCACACCAUGUAUAGUAGUUCAUUUUGUCCUGAUACAUCGUAGUGGCGAAUGUUAAAAUAUUCGUAGAUUGUCUACUCAAUAUUUCGGAUUAAUUUUGUAAUUCAAUGAACAAACGAUAUUUCACGCACGCGAGUGCGAUUGAAUCGGCCAUUCCGAGAAUUAAUCGUCUCUUUCGCAGAUAUAUAUACUUCCGAUUCCGUAGCUAAUGGUGAUUGUAAUACUUGCAAAUUCAUUAGAUUUACUAUUUAUUGAGAGCGACAUCACUUUUGUAAGAACGAUAUUUGCGAUUGGUGGUGACUUUUGUGAUACAUUCACCGUGCUCAUAGUUCUUGCAAAUAUUAAAGAGGGAGAGAAAGAAAGAGAACAAAAAAUAAAAUGCCAUUGUAUGGGAGACUAUUUUAGUGUAUUAAAGCAUUUAAUUAUAUUUAUUAUGGUAGCGAAGUGUAUAAUCUAGGCAACAUCUACAGAGUACAAAUCGUUAAAUAUAAACUAAAGAAAUAAUAUAUAUAUAUAUAUAUAUAUAUAUAAAUAUAUAUAUAUAUAUACACACACACACACACAACACCUCCCAUUCUCUUUGUUCAUACGUGUAUAUUAUGUACUAUGUGAAUAUAACAGAGACUUACAUUGAUUAUAGUUAAUUACCGUCGUCUCUUCUUUCAUGGAAACGAUGGGAAAGUAACGUUCCUUCUUCUAGGAUCAAUGCGUUGCUCAAUUAACAGUUUUUUUUUUCUAAUCUGCUGUAAAACGCUUUCAAUUUUUACGUUCCGAGUGCUUUGGUUAACAAAUUAAACGAAUAAUUAAUAAAUUACUUAGAGAUUAUUGGUGAAUGCGCGAGUCAUUAAAUUUGCAAUAACAUCGAACAUUUUAAUUUUUUCCCUCGUGGAAUAAUGAACAUUACUUUGCCACGUGCAAUGAAUAAAUGACUAAAUUAGAUGCGGACUUUUUCUGUGAUCCCGUGAGUAUUGCAAUAGUAUCAUAAGAGAAAUAAAGAUGAAUUUUUAACGUGA